AUGAAUUGUCGUACAAGAAUUAUAUGCAGUCGAUCAAUACUGUCAAGAGGUCUGGCUUCACAUGUUGGAAAGAAAAAUCACUACGACAGCCUCGAGGUCGGUCCGAAAGCUACUCAGAGUGAGAUAAAGUCCGCAUACUUCAAGUUGACAAUGCAGUAUCAUCCUGACAAAAAUAGCAGUGAAACUGCCAAGAUCAAGUUUCAUGACAUAUCAGAGGCAUACGAGGUCCUGGGUAAUUACCAGAAGCGAAGGCAGUAUGACAGGGGAAUGCAUGUCAGGACGGAGAGGACGAUCAGGAAGUCUGAGGGGUUCAACCAUCACGACAUCAAGAAAGAGGCUAGCAGGGUGAGAACUGCCCUUCAUCGACACAGUUCUGAGACCCCUGGAGGCAGCAAAAUGUAUGAUUUUGAUCGAUGGACGACAGAACACUAUGGAAACACUUUCAGGAAAGCACAAUCGGCGAAGGAGGACGCGAUGAAACAGAAAAUGGAUAAAAUUGAGUUGUUGACAUACAAGGCAUCACCGCAGGAUGGAUUUCUGCUGGUUGUUUUAAUUUGUCUAUUUACGGGGAUGAUGGGGUUCAUAACUAGAAACAAUGACUUUGAUGACCCGGCUAUUGGACGUAACCACACGGAGGAGCCGAUGAAGGAUGGUACCUGAUCGUGGAGAGACUAGUUUUUAUGUAAAAUAAUUGUUUGUAAAUAGUGAGGCUUGAAUAAAUGCGAUUUGCCGAGUUAA